AUGUCGAAAAGUCUCAAGGGCGAACCUGAUCUCGAGUACCAUAACAAUGGCCCAAUUCCACAUGAAGCAUUGGGAACUAUCGCUGACCACGACGAUGUUUUUGGGGAGAUAUCAGAAGAUGGCCCAAACUACCGCAAUGUCGGAUGGCUUGGUACAACCGCCUUGAUGAUGAAAACACAGAUCGGGCUUGGUGUCCUCUCUAUGCCACUCGUGUUUGCUACCGUGGGCUUGAUACCAGGUAAUAUUCUCCUUGUGGUUAUGGCUGGCAUUACAACAUGGUCGGACUAUAUGGUUGGUGUCAUCAAGCUUCAUCAUCCAGACGUAUACGGCAUCGACGAUGUAGGAAGAAUACUUUUCGGUCGAAUCGGAUAUGAGUUGUUCGGUGCUGCCUAUGCCAUUUAUUUCACUUUCGUUGCUGGAUCAGCCAUGCUGAGUAUCUCCAUCUCUUUGAACGCGCUUUCAACACACGCCAUCUGCACGGCGGGAUUUGUGGCAUGUGCUGCUGUCAUUGGGUUUAUAUUUGGUAGUAUAAGAACACUUGACAAAAUUGGCUUUUUGGCUUGGAUUGGUGCGCUCUCAAUUAUCAUUGCAGUUUUCGUGGUUACUAUUGCGGUUGGUCUUCAAGACCGCCCUUCAGAAGCACCUCAGGCCGGUCACUGGGAAUCAGACUACAAGCUUUUCAACACUCCCACCUUCACCGAAGCCAUAUCCGCCGUCUCAACAUUGGUAUUCACCUAUGCCGGAACUCCCGCUUUUUUCAAUAUCGUUGCCGAGAUGCGCCAACCAGUCAUGUACAAUCGAGCACUCGGUGUUUGUCAAAUUACUGUCACCGCAGUCUACAUCAUUGUCGGUACUAUUGUCUACUAUUUUUGCGGAUCUUACGUCGCCUCGCCUGCUCUUGGAUCCGCUGGAGACACUGUAAAGAAGGUGUCAUAUGGCAUUGCGCUGCCUGGUUUGAUUGUCUCCUGUGUUCUCUUCAUUCACCUUUCUGCCAAGCAUGUCUUCGUGCGGAUCCUACGUGGAUCAGAUCACCUAACGGCCAAUAGCGUCGUCCACUGGAUGACAUGGCUUUCCUCGACGUUUGGCAUCACCAUCAUCGCAUAUAUCAUCGCCAGUGCCAUUCCUGUCUUCUCGAGUCUCGUUUCUCUGAUCGGUGCCUUCCUAGGAGCAUUCCUGACGUUCCAACCAUACGCUGGAAUGUGGCUAUACGACAACUGGAAAGGCAGUCGCACCUUGCAGUGGAAAUCCGGCGUAGUCUGGUCUGUUUUUAUUCUUUUGCUUGGUUCUUUUUUGAUGAUAGGAGGCACGUAUGGGUCUGUGGUGGGGAUAGUGGACUCUUUCGCCGAGUCUGGAGGGUCCUCUCCAUGGUCGUGUGCCGAUAACUCGAAUUCUACCUGA